AUUCUGCUAAACACUCCAAUUUUACAACCCGAUAACCCGCAAGAGCAGUGAAUGCCAUUACCCACGGAAACUGGAGUUUGACUAAUGAUAAUCCCCUCCAACAUCAUCUGGUUCGAUGACGGUGAUUGGCUGGGACUAGAGCUGUCCUUCCCGGGAGGCACCCGUUGGAAAGUCACAACCAAGAUCAGGGAGUGCGAAGAUCUAUAUUCUCAGAAAGAUCAUGAAGAAGGAGGAAUUGUCUCUGAGGCUCGUGCGGUUUUUGUUGCGUCAAAAGUUGCCGGGCAAGCCCCGCCGACCGCAGUACUUAAAAUCCACAUGCAGGUACCAUGGUGGGGAAGUGCCACUAAAAGAUCAUCCAUCCGGGCUCAACAGGCAGUUGCAGAGCCCUCAGCAAGGAGCGAAAACGAAGUUGAAGCGCUACGGCUCCUAACAGAAGCAGGAUGCUCCAGCACCCCAGCUCUAAUUGAUUGGAUGAAUCGCGAACAAUCUCAAGAUCAAUGGAUCCCUGGUGGGUAUAUACACUUCAUUGUAAUGGAGAUGGUACCGGGUGUCGAUGUGUGCUUCAUUAUUGAUGAUAUGGAUAGAGGUGAGCGGGAUGAGCUGAGAGCAGCCUUCAAACAAUCAUGGCUGGAAUGCAUUUCUUGUGGGUUGACAAAUCUCGACCGUGGAGCAAAGAACCUUCGGUGGGAUGCGGCAAGGAAAAAGUGUUAUAUAAUCGAUUGGGAGAGGCACUGUGCUCCAGAGGAGGACGGUGAUUCAACUUGGCGUGAUGCCAACUAUUUAUCGUGGCAUUUGGCAUGGAAGGGACCAUGUGGAACCCGCAAUGACAUGUCAACCUGGGAAUUAUGAACAUAGAGUUACAUUAGACUCGACUC